CGCCAUCGCCAACAGCGUUGUUUCGGUUGCUACGCCAUGGUUUCGUGUUUUUGUCUGCGUAGGUCGUGAUAGAAGCAGCAGAAGAGGAUUGUCGUUUCACGAACGCCUCAAACGACGCGACAACCGAGCCGAUCGCGGCCGUUUGAUCGCCCGCUAUGAAGCUGAUCUCUGCCUGGAAGCCGUUGGGCAGCGCCUGGGUGCAGCAGUCACGCCGCUGCUACUCGGUGACCGCCAAUGGCGAGUACCUGCGCGGCUACCUGAGCGACAUGAUGGUGCGCUUUCGCGUCGCCCUGCGCACCCUGUGGCCCCGUAGUCGAGUGGCCGUCCGCCGGAGCCCACCCGUUCUGUCCCGUUACCUCCAACGCUGGGCGAAGCACACGCGAGCGGCCGACCUGCGGAGACACGCCGCCCGUCAGCUGUUCGCCGGCGCUCGCCUGCCGCUCAUGGGACUCACGGGCGUCUGCCUCGUUACCAAACCGUCGCUGGUCACUAGCGAAGAGGAGCUAGAGAGCGUCUGCGUCGCCCUGCGGGAGUUGGCUGUGACAAUGAGCCAGGAGCAGGUGGUGGCUGAGGUGCCAGACAAGGCACCAGUCAAGCUGGAUGACCUGGAGCUGGGUGCAGUGCUGGGCAAAGGCGCCAAUGCUGUUGUGUACAGUGGUCGCUGGAGGACGCCUGUCAGCAGCCAGCCGCCCUCAGUGGCAACCGAUGAGCGUAAAGCUGCCAGUGCUCAUUUGCCCGCAGCUGUUGCCAAAAAGGCAGGCUCAGAUGUUGAGCAGACACAGGAAGAGGCAUCAACAGCAACGGACUCUGCAGAGCCUGUGAAACACAUGCAAGAGUUCUCUCCUCUGGCUGCCCUGAAGGAGGAGGGGGCAAGCGAUGGGCCCCCCUUUGACCUGGCCGUCAAGGUUCUCUUCAACUACUACGCAGCCUCCAAUGCAGCCUCCAUCUGGGACUCUCUGCAGAAGGAGUGCCUGCCUGUGCUGGUCAACCAGCUGCUGCCCGCAGGCUCGUGGCGCUGCCGUCUGCCACCCCACGCAAACGUAGUGGAGAUGCCAGUGGCAUUUGCGGACUCGGUGUCCCUGCUGCCUGGUGCCACCAUGCUCUGGCCCAGCGCCCUGUCUCCUCGCCUGCAUCCCCGAGGCUGCGGUCGCAAUGCCACCCUCUACCUGGUGAUGCGCAGGUACCACUGCAGCCUGGCAGAGUACCUGCAGAGUGGGGCAGCUGGCAAGGAUCCCCAAGUACGAUUGAGCUUACUCUGCCAACUGCUCGAGGCUGUCUGCCACCUAAGACAGCACAGCGUGGCCCACCGUGACCUCAAGGCUGACAACCUGCUGCUUGACCUUUCUAGGGGUACAACAUGUCCGAGGCUGGUCCUGUCAGACUUCGGCAGCUGCCUUGCUGACACCAACCUGCGACUCCACUUCGUCUCUCCCGAGGUCAACCGGGGUGGCAACCCAGCUCUCAUGCCCCCUGAGGUUGCAGGAGCCGAACCAGGCCUGCUUUCGGUUAUAGAUUACCAGCGAGCUGACCUGUGGGCAGCGGGCACCCUGGCCUACGAGUUGUACGGAGCAAUGAACCCCUUCUACCACUGGGACAGCCGAACCUAUGCAGAGUCGGACUUGCCCCAGCCACCAGACGCCAUGCCUCCUGUGGUGCGAGCCUUGGUUCGAGAUAUGCUGCGUAGGGACCCAAGACAGCGUCCCAGCCCUGCUGUAGCUGCAACUGUCUGCCAGAUGCUCCUUCUAGCUCCGAAAGACCUCCUUCGUGGUCCUAAUGACUGCACAGAUGCACGACGAGUCCUGCGUUGGCUGUGCAGCCUUGCGGCCGACACCCUGCACCACCGGAAUUGCAGGGAAGAGAGGGUUUCUCGAGCAGCCAGCAGCAAGCAGCCAUCUCCCGGUGCCUCCACUCUGGAAACAGAGUGCGCCCUUGCCAAGGAUCAAACAGAAGAGCUUCAUGUGGAACGCAGAGCUAAGAUUCACAGCAAGGACUAUCCAGAGGAGACUAGGGAUUCUGGGGUUAUUGGUGAAAGGCUGAUCCCAGAGGCCAUUCACACUGUUGGUACAUCGAAGCACAUAGCCUCACAUCUUGGCAAACCCAAGCUUAAUUCAAUGUCCCUUGAGCUUGCAAAGGUCCUGCUGUCUAGAGUCAGCUUGCCUCAAGCACUCGAAGCACUCCGUUAUAUCUGGGCUCACCAGACCUGCAUCUAACAUUAAACUAGCCAGCUUUUGUUUCCCCAUGCACUGCAAUGUGCUGAGCAUUUGUAUUUUUUUCUCUCCUCAAGUACCUGUAGCUAAAUUCCUGGCUGGGAUGUUUAAAAGCUAGCACUUAACUGGUGCAUUAGCUUUACUUACAUGCAAGUAUAUACAGAGUUGGAUAAGUACAGUGCAAGUGCACAACAAAACAAGAGUGAGCAUUCUCUUGUAGAGCUUAAUAAACAUGCAGAGGCAGCGGCAAACUAUUGUUUCAAACAUUGUUAAGAAUCAACAAUGUAGAGAGAGUGUGCAAUAAAGAUAUCAAUCUAA